AUGUCUGAUCCUUCUUACAUGUCUGGCCCUUCUACUAUGUCUGGUCCUUACUCCACACCUGGUUCCUAUCCCAUGCCCGAUAAUUUUUCCCCGCCUGGUCCAUAUUGUAUGCCUGAUCCUCAAAACAUGUCUCAUCUUUACUCCACGUCUUAUCAUCUUUCUGGUCCUGGUCCUGGUCCUGGUCCUUAUGUCAUGUAUGGCCCUUAUCCCUCGUCUUACCAUGGGCCAAGUUAUCAUAUACCUAGUCCUUCUUCCCUCCGUGGCCCUCGGUACACUAGCUGGCCAGAUUCACAUGUUUAUGAUGGAGAGAUACGCAGGGAUCAGCCAGAGGACGACCCAGCUCAGAGAUGGCCUUUGUAUCGCGGCAGACAGGAACGACAUCAGAAGAGCCAUGAUUGGAAUCCAAAUGAUCUAGAGCCCCGCUUACCUGGCAAUCAAAUCCUGGCUUUUGAUCUUUCGGCUACAGAUCAGAAAAAACCUCAAGAGUCGAUUGAGUCAAGUCUACGUUCUGGCAGAUCCCUCGAUUCCCUAUAUACAGAGCCUGGUACUAACGAGAGUUUUGACUUUGACACUUUUAACAAGAAUGAUGCUAUACUGUCACCAAAGCCGCGUCGAAAGAAGGGAGAAAUCCCACAAGAUUCCUUGGCUCAAGAGAAGGCUGUCACAGCCCGGAAGAUGUUCGACCCUUCAAACCUCGUGUGGACAAGGCUUGAUAAACGACGCGUCGAAGAGAAGGUCUUAAAGGCUGGUGGCGAGAGUUUCGAAGAGCAUGGCACUUAUUUUUCGAUUCUGGGAGAUUUGUCUGAAAACAAGAUCGAGGAGUAUGUCCGAAAAACGACGGAAUAUCGAGCUUUUCACAACAUAAAUACUGUGGGACGGGAUGGUACAGACUAUAGAUAG